CAGGAGGAGCUGAGAGCGCUUCAGAGCAUGAAACAUGUGAAUGAUGGGAGAUACCAACUGCAAAAUCAUCAGAUGACCACUGAUGUGGAGAAUAACAUUGCUCAUAUACCUGUCAACAUGCCCCCUCUGGAGUCCAAGGUGUUGAUCAUUCAACGCGCCUGGCGAGACUACCAGCACAGACAGGAUAUCCUGGAGAAGAGGAGUCCCUCUCCUCCUUCCCUCUCCUCCUCUGACAAGAUGAGCACGUCCAUCAGCAUGACCACCCUAUCGGACGGCAGCACCCCAGAUUACCGGGAGGAUGGCAUGGACUUGGGGAGUGAUGCUUCCAGUCGCUCGAGCUCGGAGUCCAACUCCAACAAGGUGACUCCAUGCUCCGAGUACAAGUCCUCCCCCAGCCUGGAGCUGGCUACCUUAGAGGACUAUGAGGAAGAUGAAGACUACCAGCAUUAUAAGAAAAGGGUUAUCGAGGAAUGGGAGAGCGAGUACGGGGGCGAUUUCACCGACAACCGGGAACCCGCCGAGGAGGGCGACGCGGGAGGAAACUUCCGGAAGGCCGUAAACAGCCGAAGCCUGGCGGAGGAGUUUCAGGAUGUUAAGAUCCCUCCUCCUCCGCUCACGGAUCAUUCCGCCACGCUGGCGGCGGCCGUGCCGGAGGAACUGAAGCAGAACGGCAACCUCAUCAUGCCAAGCACCCACCACCUCCCGUCCCCCACCACGGGCGGAGGAAAGACCCUGCCCAAGCCCAGCCAGCGGACCUCGGGCACAGGUGGCGGGGGAGGGGGUCUGGGUGGAGGCGGCGGAUGCGGCGGGACAGGGGGGCUUGGGUUCUAUCGCAUGGGCGAGUACAGGGACGAUUAUGUAGAGGAGAGCCAGCUGCCUACCAUGGACUGGGCUGCACUGGAGAGGCACCUGGCAGGCCUGCAAUUCAGAGAGCAGGAGAACCACAACCAGAACCAGGGCCUGGGUAGAACCAACUCCACUAAUGCCCAAAAGAAUGAGCGGGAGUCCAUCAGGCAGAAGCUGGCUUUGGGCAGUUUCUUUGACGACGGUCCAGGCAUCUAUACCAGCUGCAGCAAGAGCGGCAAGCCCAGUCUGUCCUCAAGGCUACAGAGUGGCAUGAAUUUGCAGAUCUGUUUCGUCAACGACAGUGGAAGCGACAAGGACAGCGAUGCAGAUGACAGCAAGACAGAGACCAGUCUGGACACACCACUAUCCCCCAUGAGCAAGCAGAGUUCGUCUUACUCGGACCGAGACACUACCGAGGAGGAUUCGGAAUCCCUGGAGGACAUGGACUUUCUGAGCAGACAGAAGAAGCUGCAGGCGGAGGCUAAGCUGGCUUUGGCCAUGGCUAAACCCAUGGCCAAGAUGCAGGUGGAGGUGGAGAAGCAAAACCGCAAGAAGUCCCCCGUUGCAGACCUGCUCCCUCAUCUGCCCCACAUCAGUGAAUGUUUGAUGAAGAGGAGUCUGAAGCCCACAGACCUGCGGGACAUGACACUCGGACAGCUCCAGGUCAUAGUCAAUGACCUCCACUCACAGAUAGAGAGUCUGAAUGAGGAACUGGUGCAGUUGCUGCUGAUCAGAGAUGAACUUCAUAUGGAACAGGACGCCAUGCUGGUGGAUAUUGAGGACCUGACCAGGCAUGCCGAAAGUCAACAGAAACACAUGGCCGAAAAGACCCCGUCAAAAUAAGCCGAGACUCAGCCCUGACAUCACUCGCCC